AUCACAUGCUGAUCACAUGAUUAUGACAUUGCAGCCACUUCCUGCUCAGACCCGCUCGCCAGGUCACAACACAGACUUACGGGCACAUCCAGCCGUGUCAUCCGAAGAUGCUGGCCCUCAUAAACAGGCUCCUGGACUGGUUCCGGUCGCUCUUCUGGAAGGAGGAGAUGGAGCUCACGCUGGUGGGACUCCAGUACUCCGGGAAAACCACGUUCGUCAACGUAAUCGCGUCAGGCCAGUUCAGUGAAGACAUGAUCCCCACAGUCGGAUUCAACAUGCGGAAGGUCACCAAAGGCAAUGUGACGAUAAAGAUAUGGGACAUAGGUGGACAGCCCCGCUUCCGAAGCAUGUGGGAGCGCUACUGUAGAGGAGUCAAUGCAAUUGUUUACAUGGUGGAUGCGGCAGACCGAGAGAAGAUAGAAGCUUCCAGAAAUGAACUGCACAACCUUUUAGACAAACCACAGCUACAGGGAAUUCCUGUUCUAGUUCUGGGCAACAAGCGAGACCUACCCAACGCCCUUGAUGAGAAGCAGCUCAUUGAGCAAAUGAACCUGUCUGCCAUUCAGGACCGAGAGAUCUGCUGCUACUCUGUCUCCUGCAAAAAGAAAGACAACAUAGACAUCACACUGCAGUGGCUCAUCGAGCACUCAAAGUCCCGGAGAAGCUGAGAGCGAAGCCCUCCCCUGGUCGCAGCUCCGGCCUCGGCCCUCUAAUGGUCACGGGGUCCCUCGACAGUCAUCCCCCUCCACCGCCUCCGUGAAGUAAUCCAGCUCUCUCGCUCUCUGCGCUCACCCACUACACUACCACAGAUGUGUUGCCCCUGUACAGCACUGCCGCCAUCCCAACUGUCUGGAGUCUUGAAGCGUUGUCCCAGUACUGUUGCUAGGAGGUGGAUUGUCCUGACCCAUCAUGCCUUAUUGCCUGUCGUGACGGACAACGCUCAGUAUCCGUGAACAUCGUUGAUUCUCAGUCUUUUGUUUCUUUUCUUUUUUUUAAGCCUCUGUUUCCUUUGACAGGGGAAUCUAAUGAUUCUCCAAUCCCACAGCCACACAUCCAUUUUGUUGCCUGUCAACAUUUGGUGAAAUGUUGACAUGACACAUUUUGCGAUUGUAGUUUUUAAAACGAUGAAUUGCCAAACGACAACGGUUGCUUGCGCUAAUGCCUUCGAUUCCCGAUGAACCCUGGGCAAUGUAGCCUGCAUUUGUUUGCAGGCCUAUGGAAGAAUCCAUUUUAUUAAGUGACUUAGAUUAAAGUUUACACAUUACAUAAAAAUCAAUAGAAGGUAAGACUGUGAGUGGUGGUUGUUGUGGUACUGAGGCAAAAAAAAAAAUCCUAUAACGGAUCAGCAGAUUUUUAAGUGCCUUUGGCUGAGUGAGAGUCUCAAUCAGACAGAUAUUGCUCAAUGCAACUUCUACCCACUAUGAAAGAAAUAACAACACUUGGUACAGACAGAAUAAAUCCCUUGAUUACACUUAACACCUCUUCUAGACAAUCUCAUUUAUGUUUUCUAAUCAUAUAAACACAUUAUGAUGUCUGAGGAACAGACAGUACUGUACCAACAGAUGAAAACGAGGAAUGCGGUCGUGGAUGACGGGAUGCGAGAUGAAUAAGGAAAUGUUACAUUUUGUUGUGGUUGAUGGGUAAUUUGAAUUGCCGUUUCACUUGUAGCCUGUAACUCUUUAUGUAGCAUGGAAUGUGGGCUAACCCUCCGCUUGCACUUCUCAGGUUGUUUAAAAAAUUGUCUGAAAGCAGUAUGGGCGUGGACUGUUCCAGUAUCUGUUCCAUAAGCCCCCCCCCCCGUGUUGUUUGGGUUGGAUAACAGAAAGCCAGUGUUAGUCACGAUGACCGAGAGCAGGAGACAAAGCGUUUGGAUGCCCGAUGCUCCUUCCGUGCUACGCCACACCCUAGUUUGAGGCCUGACGUCGUUUUGUUCAAGUCCCAGCGGUCCAAGUACGAUGCUUUGCUCCCUGAUAAGCGAGACAUUAAUUGACUCAUCAUUUCUUUUCAGCGACAAGACAAUGAUUUCUGCCAGGUUCGCCCACUGUACAUGAAUCUGCCCCUUUGCUCGGCCAGUGCAUCUUGAUCUGUUAUUUUUUUUUUUUCUGUGUGUGUCACCUGGUCAGGGUGAGUGAUCCCUUCUGCUACAAUCCUAUUUGUAGGCCCACGUGGCUUAUGCAUUUCACUGUAAUGUGUCUUCUACAAAUCCAUCGCACACUCUCGGUUAGCUCACUUGUCGUGCUGUGUGCGCUUGUGAUCGUUGUAAUCCCCGAUGUCGAUCGUCAGGACCACAGCAGCAGCGAGGGGCCAUAUAAUUGGGUGACUGUGUGGGGGAAUUUUGGGGGAAAGCUUUGUUACCGGUGUAAUAAUAAUAUAGCCUGUUUGCAAUUUGUAUGUGCAUGUGCCGAACGUAUCCACAUUCAACUGCAGACCUUGUACAUAAGAAGUUAGCAUUUUUAUUCAGACAAAUGCUCCUAUAGAUGUAAUGCAUUCUUUCCCCGUGAUUGCAAAUAAAUUUGUUUUUAUUUUUAAGGA